AUGUCUACAAAAGAGACGGUGUCGUCGCGGUCAUCAAACGGCUGUGGCGGCGGCGGGAGCAGGUGGUGUCCCACACCGGAACAAGUGAUGUUGUUAGAAGGAAUGUAUAGAGGAGGUCUAAGAACACCAACGGCUACACAAAUACAGCAAAUUACAGCAAGACUGUCUCUUUAUGGCAAAAUUCAAGGCAAAAACGUGUUUUAUUGGUUUCAAAAUCAUAAAGCUCGAGAUCGACAAAAGCUUAGGAAGAAGCUCAUGGCAAUGUAUCAAAACCAACGUCUUUUUCCUCCUUACAACAACUCAUCUAAUUAUCAUCCUUCCUUUUCUCUUCAGGGUGGUCCAGGGGCAUUAGCUGGUAACUCAAGCAGCUACAAAAACAUAGUCAAUGAAUGGAAUGUAGACCAGACCUACUACUGCAAGAAGGUCGACAAUAACAUAUGUGAUUGCUCACUUAUGACAGUAACGAUGAUGGAGAGUGCUGCUGCUGCUGCUGCUGCAAGUCAAUAUUGCACAACAUUAUCAUCAUCAGUACCACCUAAAACCCUACAACUCUUCCCAACAACACCUCUAAGACCCAAUUAA